GGUAUGUGAUUGAUGGUAGCAGUCAGUGUGAAGAGGCAGACGACGCUGUUUGGCGGCGGGAGGUACUCGGCCCACAACACUCGCUGGAAGACACAAACCGGAGAGGCAUGGCGAAGUUAUAUGAGUUGUCCCUCAUCGUGAAGCACUUGCCCAAGAAUAGUACAGUGGGAGUAGUAAAGAGAGUUGCAGAAUCUAUCCUUGAUGAAGGUGGAUUUGUAAGCAAGAUUGAAAGUUUGGGUGCAAGAGAGCUUCCCUACAGAAUGAGAGCUCAUGGUCAACUACAUUCAAAAGGAAGCUACUUCCUACUUGACUUUGUGGCUCCACCAGUAAAGAUAUAUGACAUUAAGGACAACUGCAAGCGAGAUGUUGAUCUGAUAAGACCCAUGGUAUUCAGUAAAGAAGAGCCGUCAACAAUAACCUGUACUCUUCAUGAAGAAAUCAAACCUCCAGCUUACAGAUCUGAAGUUCAAAAGAUGGUUGAAGAAGCAAAACAAAGAAUACCUAUUAAUAAGAGGAGGAGGUUCAAGUUGGUUACUUCUGUUGGUUACAAUCCAUUUUGAAAUAUCAAAGUUUAUUUGCAGUUUAGUUGUCCCUUACUUUCAUGUACAAAGCAAUUUUAUUAAUAAAUGUAUGCUUAAUA